AUGUCACAACCCGACGUCCAUAUGACCCCUAUUAGCCCUACACCGAAAUUAGCGCGACCAGUAACUAGAGUACUGUUCGAUUUAACUGAACGAAAAGAUCGUAAUGUGCGUCGCAAAAUAAUUGGAGUCAAGCGACGCUCAGCCACGGUCAACGUCUUUACACCUAGCAGGAAAACUCCAGGACCUAAGCAGCUAGAGGAGCACAUUGCUCAGAGCUGCAGGCCAUUCCUGGAUGGAUGCAUAGCAACAAUCAAAGCGGAAUUUCAGAGCCUAUUGGCAGGGCAUGUUGACAGAUGCCAGCAGACUAGCGAUGACAUGAAGCAUCGCAUUAACGACCUGAGAAGCCUAGUCGAAGAGCAGGCAGAGGUUGUUAAAAGCCUUCAGGAGCGGAAUGCUGUGUUGCGACAGGAGCUUGAUGCCACGGUGGGUGAGCGCAGGCUCACGACGCAACGCUUAAAGGAGUUAAAUGGGCGCAUUGAAGCCCUCGAGACCGAGCGAAGCACGGCACGAAGUGAGCCAAUUAUUACGCGAAGCCAAUCGGCGGACGCAAAGGCCCUUGAUAGGCGGAUGGAGGCCCUGGAAAAGCGACUCGCCGAGCACGCCGCAAGCGGGCCAAGGGAACAAGCGGUGCACUGCAGAGGAAUGACUGAGAACGUGGACAGCGUUACUGCCCGUGUUGCCACGCUCGAGGAGCGUUUCAAUGACUGGGAGCGCACGCGCACAGCCCCGGCAGAUGGUGCACGAUGUACUGAAGCCACGGGGGGGCGUCACAUGGGCCCCAAAGCAGCGCCGCCUGCAAAGCAAGACCAACAAUACCGGGAAGAACUCCAUAAGGAGCAGCAAGAACGGCCGAAGCAGCAGCAGCCAAAACAGCAACCGAGACCUAACAGAGCCGUCGCUGAUACCACCACCUCCAAAGCCCCAAAGGUGACGGCGAUCACUACCAGACCACAUGAGGUGGCCGCAAGCUGCAGAGGGUUUGGCAAGACAGCAGGUGCCCCUGCUCCCAGGCCCCCCAAAGCACUGGCUGAGUCUUCCAGCAGCACCGAUGGACAUAUAGACCGGGGUGCACUGGUCAUCGACGGACUACCAGCUACUUGGACGCAGGAGGAAGUGAUCCAGAAACUGCAACUGCGCUUGCAGCAGCUUACGAACAUGAAGGUCGCGUUCUUAGAUUGCACCGUCGAAGCACACCCGAACGUCGCUGCGCGCAGCAGCAAGCGGACAACCCAGCGGGUUCGAAUCACGACAACCCCAGCGGCAUAUUAUGCCCUGUACUCAUUACGGAAGCAGCUGGGCCUUAAUGCGGAGGAAGGAGCGGAUGAGUCGUUCCCGGCUGUGAGAGUGUCACUGGCGCUCACAGCACUUGGCGAAUCGUACAAGAAAGGGUACCAGGACGUAUUUCGACACCUAGUCGAUAGUAAGAGGGCCCCUUCAUGGCGGGGUACUCACCUCAUGGCGCUUACUGAGCCAGACAGCGGUGUCUGGGCGAAAAUAGACAUCCGCAAAAUGGCUGCAGAGCUGAGGCAGGCAGCUAAGUAG